AUGAGAAAAGAAACGGAAUGAAAGCUAUACUGCUAUUUAUGUUUUGCUGCAAAGUGGCUUUUACAGCUGUGCAGGGAUCCACUACAAAAAAUUACCAAGUAACUCUUACCUAUAUUAACGAAACAUUUCGGAAUUCCGAUGUAUACCUACCCUAUAGUAAUUAUGGAAGGAUCAGGAUUUUUAACACCGAACUUUGUUCAGAUACUUCGUCCGUUGACAGAAUUAUUGGAGAGACUCUUUGUAGGUCAAAGGGUUUAAAUGUAGGUGUUAUUGGAAGGGAUAGAUUAUACAAAGACAAUAACAACACAUUGGACAUUUCUUGUUCCUCGGUGAACAUAUCUGAUUGUAGAGUUACUCGACAUGCCGACCAUUGUUCUCAUGUUGUUUAUCUCUAUUGUGACGAUAAAGGGGCUGUUCACUCAUCCCAUGUACCGCCUUCUGGUUCUGUGAGUCACGUGACGAAAACGACUACUAUUGAUUUUUUUGGUUCACAGGAACGACGAGAAAACUAG